AUGCCACGCUCGAGGGGGGACAAGGGGGCUCCCAAGAACACCGAAGCCUCAGGCAAUGGGAAGCAGGGGGAGGUGGACGAGAGGCCCCCCAAAGCCCCUGAGGCGGGUGGCCCCCCAGGCAGCCCCAACACUGAAACCCAGCACGGAUGCCACGGGCGGAAGAACAGCAAGAAAGGGGCCGGGGACCUCCACGCUGCCAGCACCAAGGCGUAUUCACCAUUCCUCAACAUGGUGUUUGGCAAGGAGCGGGAGCUGUCACCGGAGGAGCUGGAUGAGCUGCUGGAUGCCUUCAAGGAGUUUGACACCGACCAGGAUGGUUUCAUCAGCUACAAGGACUUGGGUGCCUGCAUGCGCACGUUGGGAUAUAUGCCCACUGAGAUGGAGCUCAUCGAGAUCUCCCAGCACAUCAAGAUGAGGAUGGGUGGCCGUGUGGACUUUGAGGACUUUGUGCAGAUGAUGGGGCCAAAGCUGCGGGAGGAGACGGCUCAUAUGGUGGGUGUGAGGGAGCUGAAGAUCGCCUUCCGUGAGUUCGAUGUGAACGGGGACGGGGAGAUCAGCAGUGCAGAGAUGCGGCAGGCCAUCGCGGCGCUGCUGGGCGAGCAGCUGAAGGCACAGGAGGUUGAUGAGAUCCUGCAGGAUGUGGACCUCAAUGGGGACGGCCGUGUGGACUUCGAUGAGUUCGUCAUGAUGCUGUCCUCCCGGUAAUGAAGCUGUGGGGCAGCAGGG